AUGGACGACUCGAGCAUCUUCAUCCAGUGGGCCAUGGAGGCGUUGGGGCAGGGGCAGGACGCUGCCGUUGCCGGAGACGCAUUCUCGUCAUCGCCAUUCUUAGAACCCCACCACUCGGCGGCGCUACAGAGUGGCACGGACAUGGCGGCCCACCGGUACGGAGCCACCGACGACAGCCGGAGCUCAGGUAACAGCGGCGCCGCGCUGGCCAAGGAGAACAACGGCUGGUCGUCCAACUGCAGCACCAACUACCCAGCCGUGAGCCCGAACUUCACCUCGGGCUCGGUCGCUCCUCCGAGCCACGGUGUGCCGGAGCCGGCGCACAGGUCGCCGCCGUCGAGGAAAUCCUCCCCCUCAAAUAACGGGACGGCGUCCACCGGGCAAGAACACGUCAUGGCAGAGCGGAAACGCCGGGAGAAGCUCAACCGCCACUUCAUCGAGCACUCCACUGUCAUACCCGGCCUCAAGAAGAUGGACAAGACAACCAUCCUUUCCGACGCGGUGAGGUACGUCAAGGAGCAGCAAGAGAAGCUCAAGGCACUCCAGGACCGCGACAAGAGGAUCAUCGACUCGGUCGUGCUCGUUAAGAGGCCGUGCAUCUCCAAUGUCGAUCAUGGUAGCCCGUCACCACCGCCAUCAGCAGUAGCUCGAACAAGUCCGACUCUGGCAAAAAAGACCUUGCUGCCGGAGAUCGAUGCAAGGAUCUUGGAGGGGAACGUGAUGGUGGACGAAGGCUUCAACAUCACAGUGGAGGACAUUGUAUGCAAGCUCCACUCUGCAUUGAGACCAUGUCACCAUAUCGGCAAAUAA